CGCCCACUGGUGGCAUGUCAACAAACAGGUGGCCACGGGCGGACGAGUCGUAUCAACAUAAAAAAAAAAAAAAGGAAACUAACAAUAAUUCUAUUAAUAAUAAGUUGGGAUUUAAAGUCAAAACGAGCAGGCAAUGCCUCAACUGACAUUAUCGGCAGCCGUACAACUGGUCCUGCUGCUGUCGGCCUUCCCGGCCCAGUACUUUGUCCAUAAAUGGUGCGGAAACACGGCGGAAGAGCGCCUUCGUGCAUCCUCGCAUCUAAUUCAAGAGUGGAAAGAGUGGAGCGCUUCUUACCUGGACGUUUCCGUGUGGCACGAGUGGACCACGCGGCAGGUUUCCAAAUUCUGGUCCGUGCUGGGUCUGGACCCGGACGAGGAGGGCUUGAGGAACACCAUGGACACCAUGUUGUUUGACAACGACCAGGGAUUCUUUGGAGCGUCGAAGGAGGUGCGCAGUCCGCGGCCGCCGUACGUCUUCCUGCGGGUGGGCGAGGUGGUGAUGGAGCGUAAAGCCCACCGGAUCGGCGUGGUGGUGAGCUGGGACACCGAGCUGAGGGCCCCCGCCCAGUGGGUGGACAGGCUCUACAGCAGAACGCAGAAUGGCGUAGCAGAGAAGACUCCUCAUUACAAGGUUCUGUUCAGCGGGACAAGACCUGAACAUGUCGUGGUGGCCUACCUGCCGCAGACUCAACUCAGACGUGUCACUGGAACCAAACCAAACAUUCCAAUCUUGGAGAGCUACUUCACUCAUUUUGACGGCGAACGCUUCUUCCCUCUACCGUGGCUGAAAGAAAUAUUUCCCGAAGACGACGUCGACAACGACUGAGCCUCGACGACUGCUAGCCCAUUUUAGCAGGAGCUCAUUUGAAUGUAUCGUGUGACAAAAGGUUUUUUUUGUGUGCGUGUACAAGUGUUAGCCACCAUUACCUUUUGAAUUAAACCGCAGCCAUUUUGUCACAACAUUAAAUACGGCGCCUCCUCAAAAUGGAUACUCAGGAAAACAAGAACUUUCUACCAUUCUUCAUGAUGUCAACAUUAUUGUUGAGGAACAAUAGUGUGAACUCAUGUCGUGCGUUCAAUCUUUUAGCAUUCUUCAAAAAAAUAGGGCCAACUAAAAUGAGUUUCAUUUGUCAUAUUUUUUAUUUUCAAAUGCUUCCAGUGUAGGCUGCUCUUAUGGUAUCAAAAACAAAUGGGGGGAAAAAGCCAAAGAAAAUGCAAAAUGCUAGAAAUUCUUUCAAUUUUCGGUUCCGAAUUGUACGGUCUACUUAUACCGUAUUGUAAUUGUAUAUAUUGUAGGAUCAUAUCGACUUUGGAGGUUCCACUGUAUUACGACGCGCAUAACGACACAUACAGUUCAGCCUCUUUUUCUAUUUUAAUGGCUGCUUAUGAUGGGAUCAUCUCAAAAUUAUGUCACAUGACUUUGUUGUACAUGCCCACCUUUGAAUGUCUAGUUAUGAAUGUUUGAGUUAAUAAAUGACAAGACGGCAUUUAUUGCAACCGACGCGUUCCGGACCAUACGUGCAUUGGUGCCUUGACAUCCAAACACUUGUAUGUUAAAUCAUCUAUCCCCAUUGAAAAUAAUAGGAAUGCCAUUAAUCAGUUCUGGGUUUUGUUAUU